UUGGCAAAGAGCAGCGAGUGCUAACGUUGGUCUUUCCACUCGGUACAACUUGCCCUGAUAAAGGAGGAACAAGUAGUCUGCCACCUGUGUAUGAGGACAAGUCAGAGGCAGCUAUGUCUUCAACGGUGGAUCUCAAGACCAAGGAGGAGAAGGACGCAGAGUUGGACAGAAGAAUCGAAGCUCUGAGGAAAAAGAAUGAAGCUCUGGUCAAGAGGUACCAGGAAAUCGAAGAAGACAAGAAGAAAGCAGAACAGGAGGGUAUUGCUGUGACAACACCUCGGAAGCCCCGCCCCCAUGAGCCAGAGACGGACAGGAGGAAGACGGAGAAGGAAAACUUCACCGUCACAGUCGACCUUUCUAAACCAACAGGGGAGAAGAGAGUCGUGAAUGACUGGAAACCUGGACCUGGAACACCUCGCGGCCGGAAGUCGUCAGAAGAAAGCGACGGCCUCAGAGGGCAGAGCGACGCCCAUAGCCCCACCAGGAGGACGGGGUCGACACGAAUAGGCCGGGGAGGACAGAGAGGAGGAGGAGGAGGAGGAGGAGGAGGAGGAGGUCGCCAAGAGAGGAGAGAAUGGGAGCCGAGGACACCCAGAGAUGGAGAACCCGGGGGGGAGUUGGGAGGGCAGGGACGCAGAGGAGGAAGGAGAGGAAGAGGAAGAGGAGGAGAGGGAGGAGGUGGAGGUGGAGGUGGAGGGGGAGGAGGAGGAGGAGGAGGAGGAGGAACAGGAACAGGAACACCAGGUGGCAUGGACAGGAAAUCUAAAGAAUGGGAGGAGAAGAGACGACAGAACAUUGAGAAGAUGAACGAAGAAAUGGAGAGAAUAGCGGAGUACGAGAGAGGACAGCGGCAGGAUGGUGACAAGCCGAUUCGUAACUUCCUGGAUGACCCGAGACGUUCGGGCCCAGCGCCAGACAUAGACCGCAAGGAGGGCAGCAGGAGACAUGUCCGAAACUGGGGGGGGCUGGACUUUGAUAACGUAAAGACAGGAGCUGAACUGGAGAGGGAGUGGACUAGUCGAAGGCCUGGUCCGAAAGGCUCUGUGGACAUGACCAUGUCCAUGACCGGCCGGGAGAGAGCAGAGUACCUGCGCUGGAAGAAGGAGCGUGAGCAGAUUGACGAGGAGAGACUGGCACGCCAUCGCAACGCCACAGGCCAGUGGAGACGAGAGUGGGACGCACAGAAGACUGAGAACAUGUUCAAGGAGGACCCAUAUGUGGCUUCAGAGGGCAUCACGUCCGAGCAGGGCAGCAGGAGAGAUGACACUAAGCGGCCGCCAAAAGUUCCGACGUUUGGUGACUUCCUGUCCCAGGGAAGGAGCCAGGGGCCCCGAGGGGACCGAGGCAGAGGGAAGGGCCGAGGACAGAAACAGAGCUACAGCAUGCAUGACAACCGCUGGGAAGGAGAGAAAGAAGAGGAGGAGAAGGAAAAGGAGGACAAGACAAAGACGGAGGAGAAGACAAAAAAGAAGGAUACAGAGGAAGAAAAACCCAAACCUCCCACAGCACAGAAGGUGGAGGAGAAGAAUGGAGACGGAGAGGAAGACGACGACGAAUGGGAGGAUGCCAGUGAUGGAGAAGACGUCGAGGAAGCGGUGGAGGAAGGGAGCAACUCAGAACACGACUCCAGGGGCGACGAGAAGAAAGACACUGGGAAAGAGAAACCAGCCAAGAGCAAAGACAACUCCCCUACGUCUCCCAAACCUCGUUCUCGAUCGACAUCGACAGGAAGCCCCAAAGAGCAGCGGACUCCCAGGCCGAAGGUCCACAUCCCUCCCCCAGCAACCGCUCAGGAGUCACCAGAGGGAGGCAAGCCCAUCAGCCCCUUCUCCCCACUGGAUGGCCACCAGCCUGUGUCAGAUUGGGGGGAGGAGAUGGAGAUGCUGUCGCCCCGGAGCAGCAUGGGGGGCGAGAGCCCCCUGAAACCUCCGAGUGCUGAGGCCAGCCCCCCCCAGAAGAAGGCCCAGGAGGAGGAGGAGAAGCAGCAGCAGCAGCAGCAGCAGGAGGAGGAGACAGAGAGCAAAGCUGCCAGCUCCAACGAACCUGCUGAGCCACAGAAAAAGGAGGAUACAGAAGAGGCUAAACCCCAGCAGCCUCCGAUAGUGUCAGCACCAGAGCCCGUGGCAAUACAAGAGCCCGUGGCAACACCGGAGCCCGUGGCGGCACCGGAGCCCGUGUCAGCACCGGAGCCCGGGGCAACACCGGAGCCCGUGGCAGCACCGGAGCCCGUGGCAAUACAAGAGCCCGUGGCAACACCAGAGCCUGUGGCAACACCGGAGCCCGUGUCGGCACCGGAGCCCGUGUCGGCACCGGAGCCCGUGGCGGCACCGGAGCCCGUGGCGGCACCGGAGCCCGUGUCAGCACCGGAGCCCGUGUCAGCACCAGAGCCCGUCCCCACAGACUCCCCCGCUGCACUACCAUCUGAUGACACCCUCUCUGAUAUUUCUGUCCCAGCCCCCUCUGAGGUCACUGAGGCUGCUGUGACGAUGGACGAGGACACACCUGCUGCUCCAUCACAAGCAGAAACACUGGACACUGAUCCCUCUCCCGCCGUCCUGGAGGCUGAUCAGAGCUUCUCUGAACCAGCAGGAGGGAAAGAUGACGACACAGCAGGAGAUAAAGAUGGCGACACGGCGCCAGCUGAGACCAACGCUGCCCUGACAGCAGAACCAGUGGAGUCCUCAGAGCAGACGUCCUCAGGCUGAAGCUGCUGUGAACAAACAGACUCACUUCUGAGGAGGAUGGAGGGAUGAAAGGAAGAGGAGACGUCUGAGGAGCAUCACACUACUCAUCACUGGAGUGGCCAUCACACAUCUAAAUCAAA